UCUCUCUCUCUCUCUCUCUCUCUCUCUCUCUCUCUCUCUCUCCCUCUCCCUCUCUCUCACACACACGCAGAUCUUCAAAGCCGACUGCUUUUCAUAGACUGCCAAUUAGCUAAAGAGAUUACAUCUGGGUUCCCGUGCGGAAUACAUAAGGUGAGAAGAGUGACACAGCUCAGUCACUCGGGAGGGCAAAGCACACGCGCUCACUCGGCCCGGAGCGGCAGCGACGGCAGCAGUGGAGACGAGGAGACGCAGAGCAGACAGGCACCCAGGACCCGCGGAGGACGGAAGGACUUUAGUGGGGAUUAAACGCUCCUCUUCCCUCUUUCUGGAUUCUCCCACUCCCUGAGAAGAAUGGAGAGUUUUUUGCUUUGAAAACUUUUUGUUCCUCGCCUGCCCCUCUCUCUCUCUCUCUUUCUCUCCGUCCCGUUCAUCAUCCAGCCGUGCGUGGAGUCAGCGGCGCCCCCCCCCCCCCCCCCACGCCGGAGCUGUCCCACUGAAGCGGGACGGGCCGGAUCGCCUGACACACGCCGGAGGUGCUCCGAGUUAUGGAUGUUGACGCAUUCCUUUCGGACGCGACGGGAAGCGACUCCGGGAGACCCAGCGGCCGCACGGGGCUUUGCCCCCCGACCCCAGCCCCCUUUCUCCCUGCCUCCCCAGCAUGCUCCUUGCCGUGAGGUGCUUGCCGGUCCUCAGAGCUCCAGCACCAUGUGGAAAUGGAAAGUGAGCCAGGGCAGAGUGGCUCUGUGCUCCCACCUCUCCUGCCUCUCGCUGCUGCUGGUGCUGCUCCUCUGCUCGCUGCCAGUGGCCUGUCACAGCGCCCUGCGCCCCGGGCGCUUGCCCCGCGGCACCAACUCCUCGGUAGUGGUGGGCAGGCACGUGCGCAGCUACAACCACCUACAGGGAGAUGUCCGACGCCGCAAACUCUUCUCCUUCCAGAAGUUCUUUCUUAGGAUUGAUAAAAACGGCAAAGUCAACGGCACCAAGAGCAAGGACGACCCGUUCAGUAUCCUAGAGAUCAAGUCUGUCGAAGUGGGAGUGGUGGCUAUCAAAGGGCUGAGCAGCAACUAUUACCUGGCCAUCAACAAGAAGGGCGAGCUGUAUGGCUCGAGGGACUUCAGCCCCGACUGCAAGCUGAAAGAGCGGAUAGAGGAGAACGGCUACAACACCUAUGCGUCGGCAGAGUGGCGCAACAAGAAGAAGGCCAUGUUCGUGGGCCUGAUGACCAAUGGCAAGCCCAUGCGGGGCAAAAAGACAAGGCGGAAAAACACAGCCACACACUUCCUGCCCAUUGUGGUGUAGCUUGCGGCCAGUGUGCCCAAGCGGGACUCCAGCACCACUGAGGGGGGCCCAGGACACGCCCGCAUCACCUGACCCAGCCGGGAAGAGAGGGAUGGUCUUUGCAUGCCACCCAGUUUGGAACCAACAAAUGGACAAAAUUCAGAAGCUGAGGAUGCGAGAGGGACGACCCCCCCCCCCAUUAGCAUGGCCCACACGGCGAUGCAUACUGGAAGCUGCUGGCAGGGACAGGGGUGGGACUCUGCCCCCCCCCCCCACACACACACUGGCUGGGACACUCCCAUGGGCCUCUCCAGCUUAAUUUUCUGACUGCGUUUCAAUAAAUUAUUUAUUUUAUGUGAUAUUUAAAGAAAGAAACUGAAUCGCGGUUCACAGCAAUGCCGUCCCCAAGCCCCUCCUUUGCCAUACGUUUGCCGCGUUCGGUAGGUGAUCCCCGAGGAUGAGUGGCCCAGAGCUCGGCGCUGGCUGUCCUUAGGGAUGUGUCCCAUUAGGUCGCCAUGACGCCCAGCACAUGCGCCUCUCCGAGGGCGUCGCCUUUGCCUGUAAGGCCCGCCCCACAUGACAUCAGCGGCAGCCAGAGCUCCUAAAAUAAGCAAUUUCUGGCCACAGUUAUGUCCCAGCCUGUCAGGGCCCCCCUUCAAAAGGCGCCAUCAGUCCAAAGCUGGAUGUCUGCACUGCCUUUGCUGUGUACCGCGCACCUGCACAGCUGCAAAUCAGCUUCGAAUAUAGGCCAGUGAGGGCUUGCCACGCCCACAGCCCGUACUCCAGCUAAACUUGUCAUUCCCCGUCACGUGUGACCGAUGGCCAAUCGUGGGCGUCCCCAUCCUGUACGAGCCCCGCCUCAGAGCCCAGUGCAUCCUGCGGGGCUAUCCCAGGCGUGUUAAGAUCUCCAAGGGCUGUGGGCCAGAUAGGAAGGGGGAUGCAUCCAUUGAGUCACUAGUUGUGUCAGCCCAGGCUUAAGGAGCAAAGCAGCAGCAGGUUGCCGUGGGCAGCAGGCUGUGGCAGACCCACUAUCACCUCACCGUGUAGAUAUCGCCUCGUAACGAUCAUAUAAUUCUGCAUUAUUGUACUGAUCCUGCCAUCUAACUUCAUAAUUUGUUGUUUAAAUGUCUGACUUAUUUGAGUUGUUUGGGAGCUGUACUUAUGUUCUUUGUUUUAAAGAAAGUGUUGUUUUUUAAAGAGUGAAAUAUAUUUAAAGUAUAACUCUAUGGAAUGCUGGAUGUCAUGGCUCCAUUGUAAGUUAUUGUUAUUUACUGUUGGAUCAGCACUUCGCUCUUGGUGGAGAACGUUGCCUCCCCACCCCCCACUUCCACGCCAUCCUGGGGCAGAACGCGCAGCCCUGCCUACUUCAUAUCCCUGCUCUCCAAGAACGCCUUCCCAUCAGGUGUUGGGGUAACAGCGAUGCAGACACCCCCCACACUCCACCCCUGUCAACCCAUUGGGCGACAUAGGCGGCCACCUAGGGUGCCAUCUUCAGGCUGACCUGGACCCCACCCGAGGAGAUCAUCCAAGACAAAGUGAAACUGGGGCAGUGAAGUUUGCCUAGGCUGUCCCACAGGCUUCUACCAGCACGACCCACAAUUCCCUGGGCCUGAUCAAAGUAUAUCUGUGCUUUUAUUCUGUGGUGUUCUGGGGGGGGGUGGUCCUCUGGUUAAGCUGUAUAACACCUGUAUGAAAUAUAUCACCAUGUGUAAUUAAA